AUGGCGUUCUUGUUCCACAAGAAACCGAUAGCCUACAGUGCUCGAACACUUGGAACCCUGCUUGAGAAGUAUAAGGGCUAUGCCGAAGAGAUCUCACCAUGCGGAAAUGAGACCAAACAGUACGAUGAACUGAACAACGCUGUAGAAUUAAUCAGCGGAGGGAUGAAGCUCAUAAAACAGAGCAGAGAUGCACUCCAAGUCUUAGUUGACAAAUUGGAGAAAGAGUUCGAUGACCUGAAAAUGAAAGGCAGUCGCAAAGAACUCGUGAGUGAAAUCGAGGACAUUGAAAAAGAAACUCAAUUCAGUGAAAAAAUCGCUGCAGCCAAUGACACGCUGUACGUGCUAGAAGCGCGACUGAAUGAGACUCGCUCAAAAGUAAAGAGAAUAGCGAGAAAACUGGACAUGCCAGUAAACACCGAAACGGUGUCCACGCCUAGCGAAAUAGCAAUGAAAGGUGUAAGCAGCGGAGAGGAAAGAGAAUUUUCUCCCAAUGCAACUGAAUGGCUAUCUGAAGACCUAUUAGUAAAUAGUGUCGCAGAGUCAGAGGACCUGAUAUGUCGAACUCUAAAGCCAAAACAACUCAAGCGAACAACCGCUACACAAGCCAUCAAAGGCCAGCCUAUCGCACUGAGAGACAAGACGCAAGAGGCAAUAGCAAUAGACCUCAAUGGCGUAACAACCAUGUUCGCGAAGCCCCAGAUAGGGUAA